AUGUCUCAGGCUCGUGUGACCGAUUUCUUUUCUCAAAGCAAAAAAGCUGGGAUUGAUAGGGUUCUGCGGACCAAACAAGAUAAACCGCACAUUUAUGUAGACACUGAGGUAUCGACGGUAGCGGUUAAAAAGAGGGAAAAUGCAGGAACUACUCGAUCGAAAUCAAAAACCGUAUCAAGGCCAACUACUGCAAGAUCCACACGGUCCAAAAAAUAUGUUCAGGAGGAACUGGAGAAAGUCGCGAACGAGCCUGUCCCUGUGGAUGAUCUGAAGGUAGCUACCGACGCGGCGUCCGCAGAACCUCCGGAACAAACACUCCGGAGUCCACGUACCCCCAAACGCAGGUCCUCAGAGGCCGAGUUCGACCUCGGAUCUGCGGUGUUUUCCGCUACAGCCGGGCACAGUUCGGCGAAGAAACGACUCCGAGUCGAGUCGGGCGAGGAGGGUGUCCAAGCACCCAAAACUGUGGAGCAGAAAACCGAGAAAAAAUCGGCCAGGAAAAAGCUUAUUCUUCCUAAAGACGGAGAACAGGUACCCAGGCCCAAAAGUAAGUCGUCCACAUUGCAGCCAUCCAGCCUGCUGCCCGAAGAUAAGGAGGUGAAGAACCAGGUGAACCGCAGCGACAGCUCCUCUCCCGCGGGCAACCGGCAGGCCGCGGACAAUCUAUCACACACAGCAGUAAAGAGCAAGACCUUCUCCAAAGAGGAUGUGGCGGCACUCAAGGCUCGCCUCCAGAAGAUCCAGGAGCAGGGGAAGGCGAUGCCCCUGCCGGCCCCGGGCCCGCGUCCCUCCUCCGCGGAGCUGAAGGCCACGCUGGCGCGUGCCCGGGAGCUGGGAGCGCGGGCGCAGCAACGCAAGGAGGAGAAGUUGGCCCAGAAGGCGAAAUCUGCGGAGGAGGAAACGGGGCGAGAGAAUAAGGAGAGUGAGAAUGUGCCAGCAUAUCAGCGCUACCACACCCUUGCCCAGGAUGUCCCACCAGGCCUCUCUCUGCCGUACAAGUACAAGGUGCUGGCUGAGAUGUUCCGCAGCAUGGACACCAUCGUGGGCAUGCUCUUCAACCGCUCCGAAACGGUCACCUUCGCCAAAGUCAAGCAGGGCGUCCAGGACAUGAUGCACAAGAGGUUUGAGGAGAACCACGUGGGCCAAAUUAAGACUGUGUACCCCUUGGCCUACACUUUCCGCCAGGAGAGGAACAUCCCCACCUUCAGUGCCACAGCGAAGAAGUCAAGCUACCAGCUGACGAUGGAGCCUGUUAUUGAAGAGAAGAGCGGUUUGCGACCGCAGCUCUCUGCCUCUUGCCUGCUGGAGAGAAGACACAUCUUCCAUCAAAAUCUAGUCAAUGUUGUGAAACAGCACCACAAGGUGUUCCUGGCGUCCAUGAACCCUCCCCUCAGUGUCCCCGAUGAUAAAUUAACUCGCUGGCAUCCUCGCUUCAACGUGGAUGAGGUCCCGGAUAUCCCAGCCAGCGAACUGCCACAGCCUCCACAGACGGACAAACUGACCACGGCCCAGGAGGUCCUGGACAAGGCCCGCUCCAUGAUGACACCCAAGAUGGAAAAGGCCCUCGCUAACAUGGCCCUUAAGACCGCAGAGACAGCCAAUGCACAAGAGGAGCAGGACUCUACUCCAAAAACACCAAAGGGCCCCACUGACACCCCCAGUGCUCUAAAAGGAGUCUCCCAGUCCCUACUGGAGAGGAUCAGGGCAAAGGAGGCGCAGAAGAUCCAGGCUGCUAUGACCCGCAACCCAGCACAGGAGGAGCGCCUGCUGAUGAUGUCACGGCUGGGGGAGCUAGCCAGGAUCCUACGUAACGUCUUUGUGGCGGAGAAGAAGCCCGCUCUGACUAUGGAGGUGGCGUGCAGCCGUAUGAUCGCCAGUUACCGCUCCGCCCUCAGCACAGGAGAGAUGGAGAAACAUCUGCGUCUCCUGGCAGAGCUUUCUCCUGAGUGGCUGACCAUUCAUCCAAUCAGGAAGGACUUUUAUCUGAAGCUGGACAAGAGAGUAGAUCUGAAUAUGGUGCUAGAGAAACUGAACCAGAGGACCAGAGAGGAGGAGAAGCUCUGAGCUCUGUGUUUUUGGACCACCACCAACGUUAAACCUAAAAUGGUGCAC